CUUCAACGCCCACUCCAGUCCAGAUUUUGCGAGACUUACGAUGUGCAGACUUCGAAUUCCAUGCAGAGCGUCAAAAAAACUCUCAGAAAAUAAAACUGCUAUCAGUCCACUAUCAGGGCCAAUUGUGGACCUUGAUUCGAAAUGUCCGACAAUCGUGCUACGCUCCUAAAAAAAAAGCAAGCCCAGAUCUCGUCUUGUUCCCAAAGUUCACUUUCUUUCCAUCUUCCUAGGAAAGCCUCAUCAUGGUCAAUAAUGCUGGUGCCACUGCCCCAGUGACAAACACACCUCCCCGCAACUCUGGCUUGGCCGCCGACCUCAAUUCCACCCCACACGCAGUCGGCUCCGCUGUUGUCAGCGAACACACCGAUACUCUAAGCGACAACGUCAGUGAUGUUCGUCCAUGGACCAUGCGCGACGACAGGAACUUCAAGCGAUGUGGGGCAGACGAAAUGCUGCAGCGGCUCCUUGAAAUCUGCGUAAAUCCUACCCAAUCCCUUCUUCCCAGUCAGAAGUCCACGUUACUCGACACUUCCCUCGAGGCUGUCCUGCCCCUCUGCAAUGGGCCAGGUGUGGCGCAGAAGAUCAAGCAACACUUGACUAAAUUUUGUAAUAUCGAGAGCGAAACCCCGUCUUACUCUGAUUUCGUCGAGGCUGCCAACCAUGCACUUCGUGGACUCAGGAAGGUGAACGUACCUGGAAUACCUGCUUUUCAAGAUGAAGAUGAAACCAAUAUCAUCUUCCAUGUGAAUGAUCCAUCGUUCAUACACCAAGAAUAUCAGGGCGAGAAGUACAGCCGCAAUCCUGAUGUCGUCGUCGUUUCUCAUCAGAGCGCUGCGAAUAUCAUACCGGAAGGAAAAUCCAAAGAUGUUUACCAGUCUGCCUGCAAGGCGCCUACAAAAGAUCAUGAGAACUUCCAAUGGAUAGAGGUUCGAACAACAUUUGAGUUUAAACGCCCGAAGACGCGUCUGCCUCAUCCACCGUCUGCUUACACUAAGGACUACGUAAUUCCUACUGUCAUGUACAUGGAAUAUAUGACAGACACGGACACGUCUGCCACUGGUACUACUCAGACCUCCUGCGAGACCUCGAACGAGCGUAAGCCGUCCAUCUCCGCUGCUUCUUUUGAUAUGCGCCAUGAAGUACAAAAUAUAUCCGAUCAACUCAGAAGCAACAAGCGUGGCUCUGAUCAUUUACGUUCAAACGAGCCGUCCACCAGCAAACGAUCCAGGCAUGACGAAGAGAGGCAAUCAAACCAGGAGGAGAGGAGCAAUCAGCAAAAGAAGGGGUCGAAUAAACUUCAUCCUGUCAUCCAAAAUGAUUUGUAUGUUGAGGAGAUGUUUGCGGCUCAUGUGGCGCGCCAGCAUGUCAUCUCGUUUAUAGUAAACAACGACAUCAUUUAUCUCUGUUGGUUCGAUCGUCAGGAUAUGAUCCCAUGCGCUGGCAUCAACUUCGUUCAGGACCUUCCACGCUUCGUGGUCUUGCUCUUCAUCAUGCAGCGCAUGGGAUACAAGCAGUGGGGCCUCCACCCGUUGUUCGAACCUGAACCUGGAUAUGAAGGCGAGAUUAUCGUCGAAUACGAGGACAACACGAACAAGGACGACUGGGAUAAGAAGGGCCAGGAUAAGAGGAAGCGCAUUGACCUUACACUGGAUUUGAGGUCUGAGAAGUCCAUGACUUAUUUCGGUCUACGGGGACGUGCAACCACUGUCGUUCCCGUGAAGAGCAAGGCGCUGUCGGCUCUGCCGCGGCGUUCAUAUUUUCUUAACGAAUCCACCGAAUUGGUUGCCAAGCUCUUUUGGCCAGAAGAGGCACGCCAGAGCGAGCCCGAGAUCCUCGAAGAGGUCUACAAGAUUGCGAAGGAUGAUCCCGAUGUGUUGGGCCAUGUUCCAGAGAUGGUCUGGUUCCACAAGUUUGAAGACACAUCCACAGCGAUAAUCAGAAAGGCACUAGGAAUCGAUGACGCGGGCAGCCAGGUUCUAUACAUAAUCGUGUUCAGAAAGCUUGACCCAAUCACGACGCUGAGCGGUGAGGAGUUCCUCCUCGCAUGGUGGGAAGUUGUCAAGUGCCAUCGCGCGCUCUGGAAGAGGGGAGUGCAUCACUGCGACAUUAGUCCCAGUAAUCUCAUGGGAUACCGCUUACGCGGUCGAUUCAUGAGCGUCCUGAAUGAUUUCGACUUAUCGUCGAUCAAAGAGUCUUUGUCCUCGAUUCAAGACUCUCCCAAAGGCUUCGAGCGCACAGGAACGGUACCGUUUAUGGCGUUGGACCUUCUUAUGCCAGGAGCCGGACGAGUCGAGCACGUGUACCGUCAUGAUGCUGAAUCGUUCAUCUGGGUUCUCACCUGGAUCUGCCUUCGGUAUAAAAAGGGCAAGCUUCGCAGGAAGCGCAGACCAUUGGAUGAAUGGCUGACAGCGGAUGCCAUGGGAUGCUUCUACCAAAAAGCGGUUUUUUUGGGAAUGCAGCCUACGAUGCGUCCAACACGAUCGCACAAAGAAAAUUUCAAAGUUGCCUCUAAUUGUUUAGACGUGAUUCACAAAUAUUCGGGCCCAUUCGCGUCCGUUCCAGCGGACGAUGAAGUCGUAUUUCAGGAAUGGCUGCAGAACCAUGUUCCACAGCAUGUGCGUGAACUUACAAGCAAUCUCUUGUCUUGCCAGUAGGUUGCGGUUUAGUUGUAGUUGAGGCAGGAUGCCUCCAGAAUAUCCUGAAAUUAUAUACUCAGGCUAUCUUGUAGAUUGAAUGUAGAACGAACAUCGUGCUCCGUGCCAUCCUUAUUGUUCAUCUUUCGAACGAACAGGCUGGGGGGCUCAACAUUCAAUACUCAAUGCUCGCCCUCUGCGUGAAAAUUUUCCACGGGGCCAUUAUGAUAAUUCUUGACUUCUUGAACUUAAACCAUCAUGAUGGCACUGUCCGAGGUCCACUUCAUAAUAACUUGCUCGGCGAUGGACGUUCAAAAGAGU